AAUAUGAACAUCACGUUCUCCUUCUCCUCCCAAGAGUUGACUGUUUUUUAGUCAACCCAAUUCUCCCGCACAAAGCCUGCAGCAAAUUAUUCUCCUCUUCCCAGCGUUUCGAGCUUCAAAAUCGUUCAUCCAUGUCGACUCGUUGUCCUCCUCCCUAAACUCAAAUUUUAGCGAUGAAGCAGUUCGAUUGAAUUGGGGGGAAAUUAAACAGCACGAAAGGGAAUCAAAAUCAAAAUCCUCAAAUAUCCCGAAUUCGAUUAUUAGGAAUUGAAAAUUCGACCUUAAAUGGGCAGAAAGGGGAGCGAAUUGGAACCCUCGAGGUUUGGGUUUUGGAUCGUUCUAUUGAUGGGCUUAGUGUCGUUUACGGUUGUGUACAUUUUCAUGUCGUCGGCAUUAAGACCUCCGCCAUUAUCAUCUUCGGAUUUAGCUGUAAUUGAUGGUAGGAAUUUGGAAUUGGAAAAUGGUGGGGGUUGUUGCAGAGGGAUUCCCAAUUUGGAGCUAUGGGGGACUGCUGUGAAAUGGGGUUCAGAUUUCAAGUUCAAUUCCUCUGAGGAAUGUUGCAAGGCUUGUAAGGCAAUGUGCACCGGGAACGACGGGCCUUGCCUUUGUGAUACAUGGGUUUUCUGUGGGAAUAAGGAUGCUUGCGGAGACAAAUUCGGAGAGUGUUGGUUGAAGAAACAAAAGGACGUCAUGGUUCCCGAGACGAAGGAAGUUGGCAAUGCAAUUAUGUGGACAUCCGGCGUCAUAUUUGGUGGAGGAGAGGGAAUCGUUGGCCUAGAAACAGAGCAUGGUACUCUUCGUAUCAAGCUUCUGCCCGAUUGUUCGCCACAUUCAGUUGCAUACAUUCUUGAGUUGAUGUCUCUACGCCUUUGCGCCGGUUGCCACAUUUAUCGAGCAGAAAGCCGGGGCCAAUCUUGGGAUGCAAAGGGAAAUCACAUAAAAGAUGCUCCGUUUGGCCCUCCGUACGCUCUAAUUCAAGGCACACUAGAAGCACAGGGAAUGGAAUCCAAAAAAAUUCGAUCCGAGCAUUGUCCGUCCAUAAGGAGGGGGUCGGUGGGGUGGGUCGACUCCGGCCCGGAAUUCUUCAUAAGUCUAGCUAACCAUGAAGAAUGGAGAAAUCCGUAUACGGUGUUUGGUUCUGUGCUACAAGAAGAUAUGGAUAUUGCCGAAAAGAUCAGCCGGCUCGCGACGAAGUCUGACGUUUGGAACGGCGUAAAUGUCUCGGUUUUGGCCAAAAUUGUGCCGUUGAGUGUUCGUAGGAUUAAGCUUGGCCAUGGCGACGAAUGAUUAAUCGGGUAAGAAAGAAAAAUGAUGAAUCGGUAAGAAAGAAAAGGUGCUUUUUCCAAUGUUAGAUGUUAUAUUUUGCUAUGCUUUGUUUUGAGUAUAUGUUAGUUUAUACAAAGAAUGUUUACGACAGAGUUUUUUCUUUUGCUUCUAUAAAGUAACGACAGAAUAAAAAUCAAAGAUUUAAAUUUCA